CUUCAUCCAUCCGCAAGCGGUACAGUUUAUUUCAUGUAGACAUUGGACUCCUGAAUAGAGUCUCGCGAAGCAUGUCCGCAAACGGCGAAAAUGUCAUCAUUAGAACAAAGGAAUGUAUACACACACACUGAGCCUGCAUAGCUGUCGUACUCUUCUAGCCACGAACGUCCUCACUCGCGUUACAGGUUCAGAACACAAUGUCGUUAGAUAUCCAGCCACCAGUACCUCACAACACACAGAGUGACCACAACUGUAUGGCAGAAAACGAUACACAGGCUUCCAUAGCCAUUCCUGAUCAAAAACUUCCUGAAGUCACGGCACCAGAACAAGAAGAACCUUCUCUCACUCGUGCCGACACAGCUACAACCGGAGGGCCCUUCACGAAUGCACAUGAACCCUUCGAGACGUUUCAGCACAAAGUACAGGCUCUAGCUGCUGAACAAUACGUCGUUUUUGAGGAUGUACAUGAAAUAGAGGGCGGAAGCCCCGACCAUCGCAUCAUUGGUCUGACCUGGUACAACCCCGAAGAUCCCGCCCAAGCGAAAACACCGGCUGUUCUACGUAUACCUGAUAUCUGGGAUGGCAACCUGUCUGAUGUCCCUCUAAAGCUACACCCCGAACAAUGUGGCUGUGGCAAACACAAGGCCAACGAAAAGGCAGCAAAGAGAGAAUCCGCAGCGAGCGAGCUCCAAACUCCAGUUCCGACCGCAGAUAAUGUUCUUAAAGAAGAAGAUCAAGACAAAUCGGAAAACGUCUCAAUAAUCGAUUCGGAAGCUACCACGGAAUACCAAGCAUCUGAAAGCAGUGGUGAAAGCACCGAUAGACUCAGGUGGGCUUACGAUUGGACCAAACAAGAACCCGAGUACGAGCUUUCAGACGAGUUCGUAUUUCUCAAUUAUCUCCCCCGUAGCCAGAGAUCCGAUCUUCCCGUGCCCAAGGUCCUGGCGUUCAAUACUCGUCGGGAUAAUGCGCUAGGACUCCCGUACUCGAUCCAAACUCGUUUUCCUGGUGUCAGUCUGGCGAAAGCCAUGGAGGCUAUGUCGCUCGAGGAUAAGGUCCAAAUGGCAGGUCAAGUAGCCGCAUUGCAGGCCGACAUGAACAGAAUCGUCACCAAAGGGUCUGGCAGACUUAUGGCCAGAAACGCAAAGCAAUUGAAGCAAAUGAGACUCAACUUCCAAACACACUGGCUGAAUCUUCAAGAAGACAUAGGGAUCAGAGGUUUCCUCUCCGGGCGCAACGGUAUAGGCUCCGACCGGAAGGCCCACUUUGAGAACGUCUGUCACUCUUUGUACAGCCUUCUGGACUCGCAUCUUGAAGCUAGCUUUAGAAGUGAGAUCUCGGAAAAACACACCGACGAAGAUUGCAUUCGUGCCUACCUCAAACUCAAGGAUAUGUUUGAGGACAUGGAAAACAUGGGUUGGUUUACAGACGCCGACAAGUCAGACAGCGAUGGCGUCCUGCACCACUGGAACCUCCAAGCGCGCAGCAUCAUGGUUGAUCAGACCGAAGGACCUUCUAGCCCAUGGCGCAUCACUGGGGUCAUUGACUGGGAUUUACCUCAUACCUUACCACCGGUCCUGACGAGAAAACCACCCGUUUGGCUUUGGGGUCAAUCUUAUGACACUGAGCUCCUAGAUGACUACCAAGACUCCUUUGAAGAGGAAUUCGAUGGAGACCAUGACUUAAUGUACCACAAAGAAGUCAAUUCCGCUCCUUUGACCGCCGAAGAGUUGAAGAUCAAGGAGCGCUAUGAAGAGGUCUUGAUUGAUAAGCUCUACGUUCAGAAGUAUGGAGACAAGGCCAAAGAAAUGUAUCAUGAUGACGCGUACGGUCGUGGUCGUUGGCUUAGACGUAUAUGGAAGUUCAACUACGAGGGUCUCGAAUCUGGGUCGUACCACCUGCGCCGAGUACAGCUACUGAUCAAAGAGUGGACAGCAUUCAAGAAGGCAAAUGGCAUUGAUGAUCCUACUGACAAGGAGAAGGUUAUCAGAGUGUACAUAACUUCUCACCGCCCGCCAUCGCCGUCGCCAUCCACACCGGAAACUAGCGGCGUCGCUGAGGUACCAACCGCAGUUGAAGAAGUUCAAGUUGGAAAGCCGGCCGAAGAUGAACCUGUCGAGAACGCUGCACCACCAAAGAAGUCUAUGCGAAACAAGGCUUCCGAUGUUUUGAGCUCUUUCAAAUGCCGACCUUCAUGAUUUAGUCUAUGUUCGGUUCAAUCAUCGAUGGAAGCGAGGAUGGAUGGCAGAAAUCGUACGAUUGGUAAAGAAUUGGUUUCCACUCGGAUUAGUAGAGAACUGGGAGCAGUCAAGACUUAUGUAGUGUUCGUAAUGCUUGUUAACACGAUCGUAAUAAUCAUACCAAA